AUGUAUUCAAAUAAGUGAGACGUUUCCUUGCUUUUUACAGUCUUAAAAGAGUCGUCUACCAUCUUCUGUUUGGUUCAACAGUUGCUUCUCUCUCUCCAAGCCCAUAAUUCAACCGCUCAGAUGUUUAUGAUCAGACAGAAAGGAAAUGCUACAGAGAUGAACACAGUAGAAUCAAGACUCAAUCUGCCACCAGGUUUCACGAUUCUUCUUCGUGGAUUUGCCAGAGCUGUCAUCACAACACAACCUGAGAAUAUCAAAGAGUUUGGGGCACUUUAUUUUUUAGAGUUUCUCAGGUUUAAAUCAGUUAAUCAAAAUCUUGGACUUCAGGAUCUUAUAAAAGAGUUUAACUCAAAGUUGUGGUUUAGUGCCGCUCCACUGGAUCUACAGGAGGUGCUGGCCAAUGAAGGUCCUGUCUGUGUGGAUCCUGUGAAGCUGCUGCUUAACACAGAGGAUAAAUUAUACAAAACAAAAGAGGAAUUCAACAGUCACAACCAAGAGACUCAAGAUAACACCAGCUCACCUUCACCACCAUGUUCUCCAAGAGCAGAAUCUGCUGAGAAAUCCUGUUCUGUAACUGAUAUGGAACAUGUGGUUGAACAUUUUACUCGGGACCUUUUGACACCAACCAGCUUAAACCACGAUAUACAAACAGUUCCUACAGGGAAUGAAGUGGUCAUCUAUCGCAGAAAUCCACACAGAAGCAUUGAUAAUGAAGGAGUCUCUACAACUCCAGUUAUGUGCAAGCGCACAGCAUCUGCCAUCUAUGAGAAAAUCUCUCUCAGUGAGAUUGACGUAGAGUCCAAUACUGUAGUCAUCAGGACGCCAUCUGUCCCUUGUGAAUACAUGAUCGUUGUUCAUUCUGAAAAUGUGCCUGAGACUAUAAUGUUUCAGAAGGAUCCCCUGUCAAAUUAUGAAGAGGUAAGAGAACAGACGUUUCAGGAUGACAACGUACAAGUCCUGUCAUCACCUGCAGAUCCAUCAAUUGUGAAUAAAAAUCAGGGCUGUAAUGAUGCGGGACAGGCGGAGCCGGCUGAAGAUCCUUCACUUUUUUCUUCUCCAGAGGUGCAACCAUGUCUGAACAGAGAAGUACCUGACAUUCUUUUUGAUACUCCAUCAAUUUAUCCAACUAAGCAAACACAGAUAGAAAUGGAUGAAGCUGCCAAUCUACAUUUGCCUGCACCACCUGAGCAAGUGUCACAUGAAGCAGGAGCUAAUAACCUGCCUCAAGUAGCACCAAAUAAAUCGAGUGAAAAUGUUUCUGACUCAUUGACAAAAAUGAGCAGCACCUCAGAUUUUCCACCCAAGAUCCCUGAAACCAAACAAGCAGAUAAUCCAGACCUAGUUCAUGCACCUUCCUCAGAAGGUUUAGCCAAGCUGAGUUUGGAACAACAGACAAAUUCAUUCGUUUUAUUGCAAGAAGACCCAAACCUUCUCACUUCACCACAUGACACUGCUAAUCCAAAGAAUCCAGAGAUCCUGCAAUCCCAUCACCCUGAUGUCACCAGUUUGCUAGACCACUCUAUUUUACCACAAAUGGAACCAGCAAAAGAAACAGAUGUCCACACUGCCGAGUGUCCGGCAAACGACAGAACAACUGAAACAACUGGCUUAGAACCUGAGAACCAGAUAUUUUCUUCUAUUUCCCCACCUUCAGAAAUGGUACCCAUUAAUUCGGUGCCACAGUCAGAAAAUGAUCAAUCUGGGCAUACAUCUCUGAGAUCCCUACCAUCAGAAGACUUUAGUUCAAACACUUCAUCCCACAUAGACUCAGAAUCCUCUAUACCUGGUGCUGAUUCUGGUUUGCACUCGUUUCCAUGUUCCCAGUUGACUUUCUCUGGUAAUUCCACUCUUAUUGUGGAAAAGAGAGCUCAACCUGAAGCUCAGCUCUCUCCAGGCAGCUAUUAUGAGCACCUACAUCCAACACACUUGGUUCCUGGCUGCUCUCACGAAGCAGUCCACAGGAUAUGCCAGCGCCCCUGCAUCAGCACCUCAGCUUGUAGGGGAAACUGGAGGCUUUGCCACCUGACCUGCCCCGAAACUAUGAGCAAUACACACACGGUUCAAUUUUACAUGAAUGGAUCAAUGACUGUAGAGAUGAGAAACGGAUACGCCCCCAACCAGCAAGCUUUGCCCACCUACCAUUGCAGUGGCCAUCAGUGGGACAUCCCAGCUCUUUGCACUUUAACCAGUGCCAUGCCGGUGCAAACCACGUCCUUUCCUCGACACAACUGCUGCUGCCGCUACGCCACGGACGUGACUCCAACUCACUAUCUUCUCAUCAACGGUCCCUGUCCGGAGCAGACUGUGUCUGACGCCUCUGUGUCAGGUACAUGUACACCUGAGCAGCUCAGCGGCUCUGGUGUCACUCCAGUUUCAUGCUGCUGUCCACAUGAGCUGAGACAAAGCCAGCAACUAACCAGCACAGACUCACCACAGAUACAGCAGUGAUUCACAUUAUGAAGAUUUGCUCAGUAAGAGACUUUGCAGAAACGUGGUGAUGAGGUUUGGAAGUUUACCAUCCAAAUAAGUAUUUCAUUUAAACACAUAAAAAAAUAAUAAAUGUGUGUAUGCAUCAUUA